AUGAAAAAAGGCUUUCAAAGACAUAUUAGUAGUGUAUUACCUGUGAUGAGAAGCAUUUUAGAGUCGUCUGUCAAUGUUCUUACAGAUAGGCAGCUAGAUCUUUCUGAUGAAGCAAUGGUUCCCUCUUGGAGGGAGGCAUAUUAUUCGCUUGUUAUGCUGGAGAAGAUGCUGCAGCAGUUCCAUGAUUUGUGCUUGGAAAGGGAUCUUGAGGAUAUAUGGGAAACAAUCUGUGAGCUCCUUUUGCAUCCACACAUGUGGCUGCGCAAUGUAUCGAAUCGCCUUGUGGCCUUAUACUUCGCCACAGUAACUGAGGCUUGCAGAGAAAAUCACGAGAAGUCGGCGGGAAAAUAUUGUCUGAUGAGGCCAAGUAGACUUUUUCUUAUAGCUAUGUCUCUCUGCUGCCAACUGAAAGUGCAACUCACUGACGAUGCAGCCAACUCCUUGAUUACUCAGAAUCUUGUGUUUUCAAUUUGUGGAGUACAUUCCUUGGUAGGACAAAAUAAUAUGGAUCCUCAAGACUUCUGGUCUACUGUUGAACAUCGUGAUCAAGCCCGCUAUCUUAAAGUGUUUCAUUUGCUUGAUUCGAGAAAAGGAAGAGGCGAGUUUGCAUCUCUUGCAUCUGGUUUUAAUGGUCAAAAUGAUCAACAAAAUAGUGAGCACUAUCAUCACGUGCUCAUCAUUUAUCUCCUUAAGAGAAUGGGGAAGAUUGCCCUUCAGAUGGAAGCUAUUCAGGUGAAAAUUGUUUUUGAUAGUUUCAAAUCGAUUUCACCAAAAAUUCUUGGCCAAUAUGAAAUUUCAUCACCAAAUGAUGAGGAUGGCUGCCAGAAUUAUGCUUAUCAUAUGCUGCUACCUUUAUACAAAGUCUCUGAAGGAUUUGCUGGGAAAGUUAUUCCGGAUGAUGUGAAGCAGUUGGCACAAGAGGCUUCUGAAACUAUCAGAAAUACUAUAGGAAUGCAGAAUUUUGUUCAAGUUUACAGCCAGAUCAGGAAAAACCUCAAGGCAAAGAGGGAUAAGAGAAAGCACGAAGAAAAACUAAUGGCUGUGGUUAAUCCUAUGCGAAAUGCCAAGAGGAAGCUGAGGAUUGCAGCCAAGCAUCGAGCCAACAAGAAAAGGAAAAUAACGACUUUCAGGAUGGGAAAAUGGAGGCUGCCUUAA